CUUCUUCGUCCCCAAUCUCCCGUCUGUUCUUCACGCAAAGUCUUUUCCUGUUCGAAGCCAAAGCCACACACCACACGCCACGGAUAGUGUGCCCUCAACUCCAAAUCCUAACCCUCCUAUCAUCGAUUGUUCUUCCUUCAAUCUGCGAGGUUUUGCUCUGCUUCGAAUAAGAUUGUGGAUUUCAACAAUGGUUUCCGACUCGGAGCUCAUCGACCGGCUCCGAGAGUUUCUUCGGGAUUCCGACCUCAAUAUCACCACCACUGCUAUUGUCCGCCGGAAGCUUGAGGAGUACUUUGGCGUUGAUUUGUCCGAUAAGAAGCGGUUUAUUAGGGAACAGGUGGACUUGUUCCUCCAGACUGAGCAUGAGAGAGAGGAGGAAGAAGGUGGCGGCGACUGUGAGGAAGCCGACCAGGAGGAUGGAGAUGAAAAUUUGAAGACGGAAGAGGAGGAUGGAGAUAGUGAAGACGGAGAUAACGACGACCACGAUGAUGAAAAGGGUAAAACGGGUUCUAACAAGCUUGCGAAGAAAAGAGGAGGGGGUGGUUUUAGCAAGCUAUGUAGCCUUUCUCCUCAACUUCAGGAAUUUAUAGGAGUUCCUGAAAUGGCAAGGACUGAGGUUGUGAAGCAACUGUGGAACCACAUUAGAGGGAACAAUUUGCAAGACCCCAGUAAUAGAAGAAAUAUUCUCUGUGAUGAAUCGUUAAAGGCACUCUUUCGUGUUGAUUCCAUCAACAUGUUUCAAAUGAAUAAAGCUCUAUCAAAGCAUAUUUGGCCUUUGGAAUCAAACGACGUUAUUCCGGCCAAAUCAAGUCAGAAAGAAAAGCAACAAAAGGAGAAGCAGGAAAAGGAGAAGCAGCCAAAGGAGAAGCCACAAAAGAAGCGGCAGAAGCAAGGGAAAGAAGAAGAUUCAGAUGACUCUGCAAGAGAGGAAAAGCGGCAAAAGAAAGGGAAAUCUGGUUUUCUUGCUCCUCUUCAACUUUCAGAUGCUCUGGUGACAUUUCUUGGUACCGGAGAGAGUGCAUUGUCUCGCUCUGAUGUAGUGAAAAGAAUGUGGGAUUACAUAAAGCAAAAUAACCUUCAGGACCCUUCUGACAAAAGGAGAGUAAUUUGUGACGAGAAGCUAAAGGAACUCUUCGAUGUCGAGUCCUUUCACGGCUUCACCGUUUCGAAACUCCUGGCCACUCAUUUUGUAAAGACAAAAUAGUGAGUUUCUCCUACACAUUGUCUUUGAAUGAUGCAAGAGAAUCUGGAAUUUUGCUUGAGAUAGUUUUAAUCGCCUCUUCUUUCUGUUCUAUUCUCUGGAAUUCACCAACAAGGCAAUGGAAAUCUAUUUUAUUGACCUUGUGUUAUCUCCUCUUUGCUUGCUGGUAUGUUGCAAAAUCCUUCAGAAUUAUUGAACUAACGAUUAAUAAUUCUUCUAUGCUUCCUUACCUUUCAA